AUUUGUCCUUUUUAUUCCAAACGAACGGGGCCGGACAAGAUAGGGUCGCGCGGUGGAGUUGGCCUUACCGGUUCCGACGCCCUAUCGCCCUCUCGUAGCCCUCGUAUAUAGCCCACUCUCUCCAGAUCUUGCUCGUCUCCCCGGGUCCCGCCUCGCCGUCGGUAACGAUGAACCGCCACCGCCGUGGCAUCUUCGACGGCCUUCCGAUUCCGGCCGACAAAUCUUACCUUAAGGAAGGGCUGUCGCGGAUCGACGAGGGAUGGGCCGCGGCGCGGUUCGACUCGCUGCCGCACGUCGUGCACAUCCUCACCUCGAAGGACCGCGAUGGCGAGAUCCAGUUCCUCAAGGAGCAGAGCGACCUCAUCGAGGACGUCGUUGACGAGGUCGUCCACGCGUACCACCAUGGUUUCAACAAGGCCAUCCAGAACUACUCCCAGAUCCUGCGGCUGUUCAGCGAAUCCGCCGAGAGCAUCACCGGCCUCAAGGGGGAGAUGGCAGAGGCCAAAAAGCUGCUUGGGAGGAAGAAUCAGCACCUUGGGCAGCUAUGGUACAGGUCCCUCACGCUGCGCCACGUGAUCUCCCUGCUGGAUCAGGUUGAGGAUGUUGCCAAGGUUCCUGCUCGGAUUGAGAACUUGAUGGCAGAGAAGCAGCUAUACGCCGCAGUGCAGUUGCAUGUUCAGUCAAUGCUGAUGCUAGAGCGGGAAGGCCUUCAAGCGGUAGGUGCUCUUCAAGAUGUUCGAUCUGAUCUAACAAAGCUGCGUGGUGCACUGUUCUACAAAAUUUUGGAGGAGCUGCAUUGCCACCUAUACAACAAUGGUGAAUAUAGCUUGGUGACUUUAAGCAUGGUUGACAGUGAGGACAUACCAACUUCUGGAGCCACUGGUCGCUUAGUAAACAGCAUGCAGCCUCUGUCCAGGAGAACAAUGUCUAUUAAAGGUGAAAAUCACUUUAGUGGACCAGCUACUGCAGAUGGGAUAACAAAAACUAGUUCUGUUGGAUGUUCUUCAUUUGAUGGCCCAGACGAUGAUAGUAGCUUAGGUGGUGGGUGUGGUCGGAAGGAUUCCAAAAGUUUCUCUUGUGAAAUUCCGAUUUUCCUUUCUUGCGCUACACCAGACGAGUUCCUUGAAUCAAUGAGGAAGGCAGAUGCUCCCCUCAAUGUGAAAUACUUAAGAACAUUGGUGCAAUGCUUAUCCAUGCUUCGAAAGGUUGCAGCUGCUGGAGCUGUGAUAUGCCAAAGAGUUCGCCCGACAAUUCAUGAUGUUAUCACUUCAAAGAUUAAAUCAUAUGCUAGAGAGGCUUCAAAGUCCAACAUAGAUAAAGUUGCAAAAAGAACGGCAUCGGAUGUGUCACAUUCACAUGGAGCUGUCACCUGUUACCAACUACCUAAACAGAAAAAGAAGAAUGAGGCAUCGACAUUGGCAACACAACUUGUUGCUAGUCCCAUCUCUCCAGUUAUGGCACCCACAGGAGAUGCUCAGCAUGCAGCUAGUCAGCUUCUUGGUUCAAUAUUUGAGUGUCUAGUAGGCAUACUUGAGAACCAUAUUACUGUUGGAGAGCUCCUUGAACAAAAAUCAUCAACUGACGUUGACAGUGUAAACACACCUCAUGUGGCAAAUGGGGACACAAGCUGGAAUCCAGAUUCUGAAUACUCCCAACCUACUGGUGGUUUUAGUGUUGCAUUCUCUCUGUCAGUUGUUCAGAGCGAGUGCCAGCAACUUCUGUGUGAAAUUUUGCGGGCAACUCCAGAAGCUGCUACUGCAGAUGCAGCUGUUCAGACAGCUAGGCUUGCAAAUAAGGACCCAGUGAAGGAAAAGAGGGAUGGAUCAGAAGGCCUUUCUUUUGCUUUUCGCGUUACAGAUGCAGCAAUCUCUGUGCAAAAUGAAGGUCAAGGAUGGAGAAGAAACCCAGCUGUACCCCAAGAAGGGUAUGGAACAGCAAGCAUCAUACCUGAUCAAGGGAUUUUCCUAGCUGCAUCAGUUUACCGUCCUGUCUUUGAGUUUAUGAAUAAAAUAGGAUUGAUGCUUCCUCGAAAGUAUUCACAACUUGGGUAAUGUGCUAAAUAUUUAAUUUUGAUUCUGAUUCAUUUGUGAAAUUGUGCACCUGUACUCCUACAGUUACUAUUCAGUGUGUACCUUAAUGCUGUCUAAUAACCUGAGUUAUAUAGGUUCAUUGAUGAUAUGUGGUGUAAUGUGUGUGUUUAUCAUCCCAUGUUUCUGACGCCAGCCUUCUUUUUUCCCAGACAGUAGAGUUAGUAGUAUCUACUUCCUCCGUUGCUAAAUA